GGCGUGCGCGGCGAUUUUUGGGCUCCCGAGGCGAACCCGCGUGGAGGGAAACGCGAGGAGGAGAGAGAGAGCGGAGAGCGCAGCAGAGAGAGAGGAGCGGAGAGAGAUCGUGGGGAGAGAGCAGAGAGAGGAGCAGAGAGCGUGGGGAGAGCGAGAGAACGGAGAGCGAGAGAGCGAGCAGAGAGCGAGGGCAAGAGAGCAGUGGCACUGCAAGAGGAGCAGCAGCAGCAGCAGCGACACGCAGCAGUGGAUCGAGCCUGACAUGGAGCAGCAGCAGCAGCAGCAGCUGGAUGUGAACAGCCACGGAGGAGGAGGAGGAGGUGCGGUGAUGGAGGAAGAGGGGGGGGACGGCUCCCUGCAGCUGCAGCAGCAGCAGCAGCACGAGGACGCAUGGGACCGCGACCUGCUGCUCGACCCCGCCUGGGAGAAGCAGCAGCGCAAGACGUUCACGGCGUGGUGCAAUUCCCACCUCCGCAAGGCCGGCACGGCCAUCGCCAACAUCGAGGAGGACUUCCGGGAUGGCCUGCGCCUCAUGCUGCUGCUGGAGGUCAUCUCCGGCGAGCGUCUGCCGAAGCCGGAGAAGGGGAAGAUGCGCGUUCACAAGAUCGCCAACGUCAACAAAGCGCUCAACUUCAUCGCCAGCAAGGGCGUCCGCCUCGUCUCAAUCGGAGCCGAGGAGAUCGUGGACGGGAACGUGAAGAUGACCCUCGGGAUGAUCUGGACGAUCAUCCUGAGAUUUGCUAUCCAGGACAUCUCCGUUGAAGAGACGUCGGCGAAGGAGGGGCUGCUGCUGUGGUGCCAGCGCAAGACGGCGCCCUACAAGAACGUGAACGUGCAGAACUUCCACCUGAGCUGGAAGGACGGCCUCGCAUUCUGUGCCCUUAUCCAUCGGCAUCGCCCUGAGCUCAUCGACUUCGCCAAGCUCAGAAAGGAUGACCCCAUGACGAACCUGAACACGGCGUUUGAGGUCGCCGACAAGUACCUGGACAUUCCCAAGAUGCUGGACGCUGAGGACAUAGUGGGCACGGUAAAGCCGGACGAGAAGGCCAUCAUGACCUACGUCUCGUGCUACUACCACGCCUUCUCGGGGGCGCAGAAGGCGGAGACGGCGGCCAACCGGAUCUGCAAGGUGCUGGCGGUGAACCAGGAGAAUGAGAACCUCAUGGAGGACUACGAGAAGCUCGCCAGCGACCUGCUGGAGUGGAUCGAGGCGACGAUCCCGGGCCUGGAGGACCGCUCGCUGCAGAACACGAUGCAGGCGAUGCAGGCGAGGCUGGAGGACUUCCGCGACUACCGGCGGGCGAGGAAGCCGCCGCGCUCCGAGGAGAAGUGCCACCUGGAGAUCAGCUUCAACACGCUGCAGACCAAGCUGCGCCUCAUGAACCGCCCCGCCUUCAUGCCCUCCGAGGGCAAGAUGGUGUCGGACAUCGCCAACGCGUGGUCGCGCCUGGAGCAGGCCGAGAAGGGCUACGAGGAGUGGCUCCUCAACGAGAUCCGCCGCCUCGAGCGGCUCGACCACCUUGCCGAGAAGUUCCGACAGAAGUGUGACAUCCACGAGGCGUGGGGCUCAGGCAAGGAGGAGACCCUGCAGGAGGAGGUGGUGCCGGGCGUUGCCUCGCUGACCGAGCUCAAGGCGCUGCUCCGCAAGCACGAGGCCUUUGAGAGCGACCUGGCCGCCCACCAGGACCGCGUCGAGCAGAUCGCCGCCAUCGCACAGGAGCUCAACGAGCUGGACUACCACGACGUGGAGAGUGUGAACGGGCGCUGCCAGGCGAUCUGCGAGCAGUGGGACCGGCUCGGCGCACUCACGCAGACGCGCAGAGAAGCCCUGGAGAAGCGUGAGAAGCUGCUGGAGACCAUUGACCAGCUACACCUGGAGUUUGCCAAGCGCGCUGCCCCCUUCAACAACUGGAUGGAGGGCGCCAUGGAGGACUUGCAGGACAUGUUCAUCGUGCACACCACCGACGAGAUACAGGGCCUCAUCACGGCGCACGAGCAGUUCAAGGCGACGCUGCCCGAGGCGGAGAAGGAGAAGCUGGCCAUCGUGGGCGUGCACGCCGAGCGCGAGAAGAUCGCUGGCACCUACCACGUGGAGGAGCCCGCGGGGGGCUCCAACCCCUACACGACCAUCACCACCGGGGACGUCACCGCCAAGUGGGAGCGGCUGAAGGGCCUGGUGCCUCAGAGGGACCGCCUCCUGCACGAGGAGCUCGCUCGGCAGCAGAGCAACGAGCGGCUCCGCGUGCAGUUCGCCAACCUGGCCAACCAGAGCGGGCCGCUCAUCCACAAGAAGAUGGAGGAGAUUGGACGCAUCUCCAUGGAGCUGCACGGCACGCUGGAGGACCAGCUGGUGCAGCUGCGCCAGUACGAGCAGAACAUCAUCAACUACAAGCCCAACAUCGACACGCUGGAGAGCGAGCACCAGCUCAUCCAGGAGGCGCUCGUGUUCGACAACAAGCACACCAACUACACCAUGGAGCACAUCCGCGUGGGCUGGGAGCAGCUGCUGACGACGACCGCGAGAACCAUCAACGAGGUGGAGAACCAGAUCCUGACGCGGGACGCCAAGGGCAUCAGCAAGGAGCAGCUCCACGACUUCCGAGCGUCGUUCAACCACUUUGACCGGGACCGCUCGGGGAACCUGAGACCGGAGGAUUUCCGCGCGUGUCUCAUCUCGCUGGGCUUCAGUAUCGCUAACGAUGCACAGAGAAAGAGUGGCAUGAUGGAGCCAGAUGAUUUCAGGGCUUGCCUCAUCUCCAUGGGUUACGUGCUGGGAGAGGCCGAGUUUGGCCGCAUCAUGGCCGUGGUCGACCCCAACAGCACGGGGGUCGUGACCUUCCAGUCCUUCAUCGACUUCAUGUCGCGCGAGACGGCCGACACCGACACGGCUGACCAGGUCAUCGCCUCCUUCAAGAUCCUCGCCGGGGACAAGAGCUACAUCCUGCCGGAGGAGCUGCGCCGGGAGCUGCCCCCGGACCAGGCUGAGUACUGCAUCGUGCGCAUGGCCCCCUACGCGGGGCCCGACGGCGUGCCCGGGGCUCUCGACUACACCUCCUUCUCCACGGCGCUCUACGGGGAGAGCGACCUCUAGACGCACGCUGGGGGGGGGGGGGGGCGGGUGUGGGGGGUCCUGGUGGGGGGGGGCGCGUGUGGGGGGUGCUGGUGGGGGGGGGGGCGGUGUUUUGCCCACAGGCACACGCAGCGGCUCACGCGCUCGCAGUUCACGGCGCGUGCACACACGCACACACACACGUCUCGUCGUGAGUGCACACCCUCCACACGGGCUGGGACUCGAACCCGGGUAGCCGUGCUCGGUAGCAGCAGCGUGCGAGGCACGCUCCGCUCGCAUACGCUCGCGCACGCGCGCACACGUACAAGACAAAUAUACACACGUACACACAGAGACAAAGAUCCCCCAUAUAGCCUUUCCAGACUGUUGGGGCAAGUGCUGUUAGUGAGCACCUAUGAAAGCCGGCACGGCACACGAGGGGGUGGGUGGCCAACACUGCGCCCGGCCGCCUUUGUCUCCCCAGUGGCGAUGUUUACACACCGCACCAGGCACUUAUUUGAGGCUGAGUCGACCUCAGGGAGGCCCAGGCUCGGUUCACAUUAUCGUCACCGGUGUUGGCCGUGAGUGGGAAUCGAACUUGGGUGUCGGCAGGGUUCGUAGUGCAGCGCACUGAACGCCUCACUAGACACACAUACACACAUACACACAUAUAGACACACACACAUAGAGAUAUACACACACAUACAGUCACAAACACACACGUAUAUAGAGGUAAACACACACAGGUAGACGUGAAACAGCAGGUGUCACCCGUUCACGGAAGGAUUUUUUCGUUUGACUUUUUUAACUUUUUGAGACCAAACAUCCUCUUGGGACUGAGACGCCGGAUCGGCGCCCCCAGUUGCCCCUUGGUUGCCGCUGGUUGCCGCUGGUUGCCCCUUGGUUGCCACUUGGUUGCCGCUGGUUGCCGCUGGUUGCCCCCUGGUUGCCGCUGGUUGCCGCUGGUUGCCGCUGGUUGCCCCCUGGUUUCCGCUGGUUGCACGGCGGCUCCCCAGUUCGCAUCUCCAGACUCGCAGAACUCUGCCAUUGAAAACGCUGGGGGGGGCAGGGGGGGGAUAGGUGACGUGGAGUUUGGAGUUGGUGGAUCACGCGAGGAUGGGACAAUCUUGUGCACGGCACGCACGGCAAUGGAAGUGUGGGGAGGGGGGGGCGGUGCCUGCUGUGUGCAGUACAGCAAGUAGGUUGCCCAGUAUGUUUACAGUCCUUAUUGGGGGAAGAUACAGUGUUGUUGGCGAGGCGUGCGGUAUAACGAAUAUAAAUAAAUAAUAGCUUCUACCCAGGGCGGUGUCACACGCGUGACCCUGCACACGUGUGACCCUGCACACGCGUGACCCUGCACACGCAUGACCUGCACACACGUGACUCUGCACACGCGUGACCCUGCACACACGUGACCCUGCACACGCGUGACCCUGCACACGCGUGACCCUGCACACACGUGACUCUGCACACGCGUGACCCUGCACACGCUGGCCCAUGUCCCCACGCCACCAGUGAGGGGGGAGCGGCACGCGGGGCUCCGCGUGGGAUGUCUGUCACGAGUGGUCGUCCUCUGGGAAACAUCCUGGGCCCCACCAUAGGAGUGUGGAAUCUCCACUAUUGCUUCAGAGUUGCCGACACAGACGAACGCACCCCCCCCCCCCCUUGUGGUUUUUGGAGCGGGCAAGGGCGGCCGCCGACAAUUUGUGUCUCCGACGUCCAACCUCGCGUGCCAAGUGUGAAUUUAUCGCAAUUAAUAAAGACAUUCUGUUAUUAUACUCAUCAUCAUCAUCUUCUAAACGCGUCGCAUCGUAGAAUUCUUAGCGUCUCUCUCUUUUGCUACGACCCACAAUUUACUCUUGCUUUAUAAACGAAGACGAUCUUUCUGAAGCUUCAAUAUAAUCACUUUUCUCGCGUUCGAAUUUCUAUCUUGGGCCCUGUGCCCGAGAGCGGCGGGGGUGCGCUCAGCACGCAGACCUCGCGGGCUCACAGCUUCUCGUGGGCAGGGUGGAGAACUCUUUCUAACUCGUUGUUGUUGGGGUUGUUUUGUUAAAUCGGGAAGCUCCUCGUCGCUGGCGCUUGGGUUCGCAAGGCCCCUCUCUCUCGAGGCCCCUCUCUCUCUCGUGUACCCCGGGGAACGCUGCGCGUCGUUUCGCGACACCUGUCGACCGCCCCCUCCCCGAGUCCCAAGCGCGCCGGCGGCGCUCGCCGCACACUCCUCGGUGAACGUGGAACCGCUGGAGCCAACGUUGGUCCCAAUCACAUUACCAACGUUGACCCAACGUUGACCCAGCCCAAAUCGCCAACGUCGUCGUGUUUACUUGCGGCCAAGCCAACAACGCAGCGAGCGGGUAGGCCCCCUCCCUCCUCCCGUGGCGCCUCCUCGUGACGAGCCCCGAGGUUGGGUUGGCGACUUGCCCCGCUGUUAAGGGUUUGUUUAUGUUUGUUAACGUCGCUGGUUUAGGACCCCCAGGACGUGGCGAAGCCCGCAGCUCGCCCAGCGACGCGCUGCUACCGCCACCACCACGAGUAGACGCUCGCUUAGUCAGCGGCUGGCUCCGACCAGCCGGCCGGUCUUGCUGACGGUGAUUACGGAGUGCCGGGUGCCUGUCGUGCACCGCCAGGGGGCUUGAAAAACGUCGACAUUUGCCAGGACCACUGCCCAACUUCUGGGCUGUUCUCAGACCACCGGAGCGGGGGGGGGGGGGGGGUCCCCCCAGGGGGCCUCUCUCUGGCCGUAGAGGUGGUCCUGAGAUCUGCCAGAACUCCUGACGCGACGCCGGGGAGACGCUGCCCGGCUUUGCGAGUCCUUUCUGGGCCUUCUUGAUUCAACGUCUCUCUGGAGGCCAUCCGUCACUCGAGGCCUCCGACGUGUUUAUUUUCGUCAGGGUUUUUUUGCGAUUGCGUUCAGGGUCCCUCCCCAGGCGGCCGUCACGACGCUCUGGAAGGCCCUCGGUUUUGAAACCGUCCGUCUUGAGAGGCUUUUUGAAGUUUUGUAAUGGCUUGCAAGGCCCGUUGAAGAGGCGGAUGUCCCUUGAGACUCUUGAAGGCUCAUUCAAUCUCUCGACGUGAACUCUCGCAAUGCCCUCUGACCUAAGGCCCUCUGACCUAAGGCCCUCUGACUCGACGUAGGCCCUAACCCGCUCGAAACUGUGCCUUGUGUUCGGAUUCUAGAACGAUUUUUUUCUUUUUACAAAAAAAAAGUGUUCGUGGCUACUUUUGUAAACACGGGGGGGGGGGGGGGAUCCUGAUGAAAAGGGCAAACAAAAACAACCAGACGUAUGGACGUACACGGACGGCGCCACUCCACAUUCACGUGGCAGGGCCCAGUUGGCCCGUAGAGGUUUUGGAUCCGCCAGAGCCAUGCACUGUGCAGAUAUCAACCAUCGAAGGGCCUCCUUCGGUGGGUAUUUUGUGAAUGAAACCUAUUCUGGUACUAAAGCUGGGCGGGAAUUUUGACCAAAACACAUCACGGGUUUGUGAAUGAUUCUUUAUCAAUGAUUGAGCAAUGGCGCGACUUUCAGCUUUUAAACGGCAGUCUCUGCUUACUGUUCUACUAUUAAAUGUUCAUCUUUUUCCCGA